AUGGAGGCGUCCUCGGACAACCUCAAAAACCUCCUGCCGAUGCUGAAGGUGGUGAUGCCACGGCAGGAGAUGACGAGUGGAAUAAGGCGUCCAUAUCGGCAAUACGAGGAGGACCGCCAUUUCCCUAUCUACGCUCCUGUCUGGCACCCCGUUGGUGCACCUCAUCGAUUCUCUCGUCCCCAGUUGGGCUCAGGUAAUGGUUUCGCACCAUUCAAACCUCACGGAUUCGAAAAGUCCGAGGAGCACCUCAAGGUUGGAGCUGGUAUCGGGGAUGUCGGGUACCUCAACGAGCUUGGCACUUUCACCUUUUUCUUCAAUAUCUUCUAUCCUAAGGACGACCCUAUACAGACCAGUCACAUCCCCCGCAAUUUCACACCGAUUGAACCAUCUCUCUCGGAAUGGGAGGUGAAAACUGUUCCCGGUCAUUUUCCCCCAGGUACAGUUAUUGCUAGUAAGGGCCUAGAGGUUUCCCAUGUCCCAGAUUCCGAGGGCAAGAUCAAAUUUUCGACCUCAGCACGGGAGGCUGCGGUCAUGAUUUUACCAUCAGGCGCCGCUCGAGAGGACCUCGUUGAUACUUCCAGGCUUCACGAAUACGUAAAGACCCACGCCACCGACUGGUACCAACAUCGCAAUCUGUAUAGUGGCAUCAACAGUGCCCUUCCUGACCCUCCUGGCAUGAACGGCACGUUAUAUCUCAUCACUGGGAGCGAUAAAGCCAAGUCUUGGGCGAAUGCAGCCCUCCCUCAGAAUGCAACCAUGGAGGAGCUGCCCAUGCUCUUUUCAUACGAUCCGUCCAGCCGCGAUGAUCGUUUCACGCACAUCGACUACUACACGUACUCUGUCUUUCUGCGUGGCAUUACCAUCGCUUUGAGCGCCGCCUCUUGGGAAAAACAUUUGCCCGAGAUUCCGCCAGACGAAGUCCCUUCCCAGUCCCUCCAUCGACGACCCCUCUUCGACCCGCAAAAUCGAUUGGUACGAAUAUGGCAUUGGCUGCAACGCUUUAAGAAAGAAUAUAUACCCUAUUCCGACGGAAUAUUCCAUCCAUCCACGUUUCUACUGCAGGUUCUGGUUAAUAUGGCUCCUGAGGCGGACCUUGCACUCGUUGAAGACAGUGUAUGGUGCUCCGUGAUCAACGGGGAGAGUCUGACGCACGAAACAUUCAUCCUCUUUUUGCACAGAAUUGUCGAGAAGUAUGACGUUACAACAAACGCUGGCAUCGCGACGUUUGUAUCGAGAGAACCAAAGACCACCAAUCCAUCGCUUGUGCAAAAAAUGCUGGCCGUGACGUCUCGAAGUUCGACGUCGGACAAGCAAAUGCUCAAGAUCAUCGAGCGACUGCUAUCCGAUCAACCGAAGCCCACUCGCAAGAAGAAUAGCUAA